CCCCUCCAUCGAUCCGGGUUCCCAACCUUUUUUCACUGUUUCCUUCUUGUCGGUAGGAACAUACAUUCUUUCUCUAUAAAGGGAGGGAGAUAAAAAGAGAGGGGAAUAGAUGAGUAGAGAGGCGUGAGAAUUUUAGGUUUUUCUACUUGGAUUGGAUCCGGAGAGAUGAGAGAGAUCAUAAGCAUUCAUAUCGGACAAGCUGGGAUUCAGGUUGGGAAUUCUUGCUGGGAGCUUUAUUGCCUGGAGCAUGGAAUUCAUCAUGAUGGAGUGAUGCCUAGUGAUAAUACAAUUGGUGUUGCUCGUGAUGCGUUUAAUACCUUCUUCAGUGAGACUGGUUCUGGCAGGCAUGUACCAAGAGCUAUAUUUGUUGAUUUGGAACCCACUGUCAUUGAUGAAGUUAGGACUGGGUCCUACAGGCAGCUUUUUCACCCGGAGCAACUGAUUUCUGGGAAGGAAGAUGCUGCUAAUAAUUUUGCCAGAGGACAUUACACUGUGGGGAAGGAAAUUGUAGAUCUAUGCCUCGACCGAGUGAGGAAAUUGGCUGACAACUGCACUGGUUUGCAAGGGUUUCUGGUAUUUAGUGCUGUAGGUGGUGGCACUGGUUCUGGUUUGGGUUCUUUGUUGUUAGAACGAUUGUCUGUGGAUUACGGGAAGAAGUCAAAGCUUGGGUUCACUAUCUAUCCUUCUCCCCAGGUCUCUACAGCAGUUGUGGAGCCUUAUAACAGUGUGCUCUCCACUCAUUCCCUCCUGGAACAUACAGAUGUGUCUGUGCUUUUGGACAACGAAGCAAUUUAUGAUAUUUGCCGGAGAUCCCUAGACAUAGAGAGGCCAACUUACACCAACUUGAACCGCUUAAUAUCUCAGGUCAUUUCAUCUUUGACUACUUCCUUGAGGUUUGACGGAGCUAUUAAUGUGGAUGUUACAGAAUUUCAGACCAACCUUGUACCAUACCCCCGAAUACAUUUCAUGCUGUCCUCUUAUGCUCCCGUCAUCUCAGCUGAGAAAGCAUACCAUGAACAGCUAUCGAUUCCUGAGAUUACAAAUGCUGUGUUUGAGCCUUCAAGCAUGAUGGCCAAAUGUGACCCAAGGCAUGGGAAAUACAUGGCCUGCUGUUUGAUGUACCGUGGAGAUGUUGUUCCCAAGGAUGUUAAUGCUGCUGUUGCAACCAUCAAGACCAAGCGGACUGUUCAGUUUGUGGAUUGGUGUCCUACGGGCUUCAAGUGCGGGAUAAACUAUCAACCUCCGACAGUGGUCCCUGGGGGUGACCUAGCCAAGGUGCAGCGUGCAGUGUGCAUGAUAAGCAACAACACAGCUGUGGCUGAGGUGUUCUCUCGCAUUGACCACAAAUUUGAUCUUAUGUAUUCCAAGCGGGCAUUUGUCCAUUGGUAUGUUGGUGAGGGUAUGGAGGAAGGGGAGUUCUCAGAAGCUCGUGAGGAUUUGGCUGCGCUUGAGAAAGACUAUGAGGAAGUUGGAGCUGAGGGUGUUGAUGAUGAAGAGGAAGGUGAAGAUUAUUGAGUACUUUUGCAGGGUACUCAUCAAAUCCUUGUGUCUCUCACGUUUGUCUCUACCUUCCAUUAUGCAUUAUCAUAUCACUCCAUAUUUGGUGUUUUAGUUGUGCUUUGAUUUGUGUUCUCAUAAUGUUUUGAGGUAUAGUGAUUUUUGAUAAUCCAAUUACUAUGUUCAUCGGCUGUGGAAAA